GGAGGACCAUGACAAGUUCUUGUUGCAGCUCAAGAACCGCCUUGAUCAAGUUGGAAUUGAUGUUCCGACGAUCGAAGUCCGGUUUGAGCAUGUAAGUGUAGAGGCAGAAGCUCAUGUGGGAAGCAGAGCUUUAACUACAGUAUUCAACUCUGUAGCUAAUGUAUUAGAGGGGAUCUUGGGUUAUCUGCAUAUUGUUCCAAGCAAAAAGGUGCCAAUAUCAAUCCUUAAUGAUGUCAGUGGAAUAAUCAAACCUGGCAGAAUGACAUUGCUUUUAGGCCCUCCAGGCUCCGGAAAGACCACACUGAUGUUGGCUUUGGCAGGAAAGCUUGAUAAAGAUCUAAAAUUCCGGGGGAAAAUAAAUUACAAUGGUCAUGGAAUGGAUGAGUUUGUCCCACAAAGGACAGCAGCUUAUAUCAGUCAACAUGAUCUCCACAUUGGGGAAAUGACAGUGAGAGAAACCUUUGCUUUUUCUGCAAGAUGUCAAGGGGUCGGAAGUCGUUAUGAUAUAUUGACAGAGCUGUCAAAAAGAGAAAAGGAUGCAGACAUUAACCCAGAUCCUGAUUUCGAUGCUUUCUUGAAUUCAGCUUCACUAGAAGGACAGGAGGUCAGUGUAGCCACAGACUAUAUUCUAAAGACUUUGGGACUUGAGAGUUGUGCAGAUACCAUGGUGGGAGAUGAAAUGCUGAGAGGUAUCUCUGGAGGACAAAGAAAGCGUGUCACAACAGGGGAGAUGCUGGUUGGACCAACAAGGGCACUUUUCAUGGAUGAGAUAUCAACUGGUUUGGAUAGUUCGACAACAUUUCAGAUUGUGAAUUCGAUUAAGCAAUCCAUCGAUAUUCUAAGUGGGACAGCUCUUAUCUCUCUCCUCCAGCCAGCACCAGAGACUUACGAGCUCUUUGAUGAUAUUAUUCUCCUAUCAGAUGGGCAGAUUGUGUACCAGGGGCCCCGUGAGCAUGUGCCUGAGUUUUUCGAAUCUGUGGGUUUCAAAUGUCCUGAAAGGAAGGGAAUUGCCGAUUUCUUGCAGGAGGUGAGUCAACUUCAAAUACAUUUUCUUUUCUCCCUUUUGUUACUUAUAUCUCUAGCUUUUAGCAAAGGUUGGACUGUAUUUUCAUUGAUUUGGCAGGUGACGUCGAGGAAAGAUCAAGAACAGUACUGGGCUCAUAAAGAUAAACCUUACAGAUUUAUCCCUGUCAAGGAAUUUGUCGAGGCUUUCCACUCAUUCCAUGUUGGUCGGAGGGUAGCAGAUGAACUUGCCACCCCAUUUGAUAAGAGCAAAAGUCAUCCUUCAGCCUUAACUACCGAUAAAUAUGGUGUUAGCAAGAAGGAAAUUUUGAAAGCCUGUAUUUCAAGAGAACUAUUGCUGAUGAAAAGAAAUUCAUUUGUUUACAUUUUCAAGAUGAUGCAGCUUAUUAUUGUGGCAUUCUUUACAAUGACACUCUUCCUGCGAACUGAGAUGCACAAAGAUUCAGUAGAGCAUGGUGGGAUUUUUAUGGGUGCUUUGUUCUUCGUUGUCACCACGAUGACGUAUAAUGGAAUACAAGAGCUUUCUAUGACUGUCAUUAAGCUUCCCGUAUUUUACAAGCAAAGAGACCUCCUAUUCUAUCCUUCUUGGGCUUACUCACUGCCCACAUGGAUCCUAAAGAUCCCAGUUACACUUGUUGAAGUUGCUAUUUGGGUGUUCUUAACUUACUAUGUCAUAGGUUUUGACCCAAAUGUCGGAAGGCUUUUCAAACAGUACCUUCUACUCAUUUGUAUUAGCCAAAUGGCAUCUGGAUUGUUUCGACUCAUUUCCUCAGUAGGAAGGGACAUGGUUGUUUCGACCACAUUUGGGUCCUUUGUAUUAAUUAUACUCAUGCUUCUAGGUGGAUUUAUUUUGUCACGAGAUAAUAUAAGGAAAUGGUGGAUAUGGGGCUAUUGGAUCUCUCCCUUGAUGUAUGGGCAAAAUGCUAUAGUAGCAAACGAGUUCCAUGGGGAAAGUUGGAGCCAACUUCUACCCAAUGGAGAUACUCUAGGAGUGGCAGUCCUGAAAUCUCGUGGGGUCUUCACUGAAGCUUAUUGGUAUUGGAUUGGAGUAGGGGCAUUGACUUGUUAUGUUUUCCUAUUCAAUGGUUUAUUCACAGUGGCUCUUGCUUAUCUCGAUCCAUUUAGGAAACGUAAGGCAGUUCUAUCUGAAGAGAGAUUGAAGGAUAAACACGCCAGUAGGAUCAGAAAAAUGAUUGAUCGACAAUCCAGAGGAAAGAUAAAUGUACAAUCAGGAGAUGACAUUAAAAGAAGUAUUUCAUCUGAGUCUUCAUCUACAAGGAUGGAGGGCAAUGAAGCCAAUCAGAACAAGAUGCAGGGAUUGAUUCUUCCGUUUCAACCUCUUUCCCUCACCUUUGACGAAAUCAGAUACUCUGUUGACAUGCCACAGGAAAUGAAAGCACGAGGCUUUACAGAGGACCGGCUGUUGCUUCUCAAGGGAGUGAGUGGAGCUUUUAGGCCAGGAGUCCUUACAGCUCUGAUGGGUGUUAGUGGUGCUGGUAAGACCACUUUGAUGGAUGUGUUGGCUGGAAGGAAAACUGGAGGAUAUAUUGAAGGAAGCAUCAAGAUAUCUGGCUACCCAAAGAAACAAGAAACAUUUGCUCGUGUAUCAGGGUACUGUGAACAGAACGAUAUCCACUCUCCCCAUAUUACGGUCUAUGAAUCCUUGCUCUAUUCAGCUUGGCUUCGGUUAGCUCCUGAAAUCAAUUCUUCCACUAAAAAGAUGUUCAUUGAGGAGGUCAUGGAGCUUGUAGAGCUGGACUCAUUGAGGGAAGCACUGGUUGGGCUUCCAGGUGUAAAUGGUCUCUCAACAGAGCAGCGCAAGAGGUUGACCAUUGCAGUUGAAUUCGUUGCCAACCCUUCAAUUUUAUUCAUGGAUGAGCCAACAUCUGGCCUGGAUGCAAGGGCAGCAGCAAUAGUGAUGAGAGCAGUGAGAAAAAUUGUGGACACUGGACGAACUGUGGUUUGCACCAUCCACCAGCCAAGCAUUGACAUAUUUGAUGCUUUUGACGAGCUAUUAUUACUGAAGCAAGGAGGAGAAGAAAUAUAUGUAGGCCCAUUAGGGAGACACUCUUGUCAAUUGAUCAAUCACUUUGAGGCAAUUGAAGGAAUCAGUAGGAUAAAAGAUGGAUAUAAUCCAGCAACAUGGAUGUUGGAGGUGACAGCACCGGCCCAAGAAGAAGCUUUGUGUGUAAACUUCAGUGACAUAUAUAAGAAUUCAGAACUGUACAGGAGGAACAAAGCAAUGAUUGAGGAACUGAGUAAACCUGCCCCUGGUUCAAAAGACCUCUAUUUCCCUACUCAGUACUCCCAAUCUUUCUUCACGCAAUGCAAGGCUUGCCUAUGGAAACAGCAUUGGUCCUAUUGGAGGAAUCCACAAUACAUUGCAGUGAGGCUCUUCUUCACAACUUUUGUAGCAAUGUUGAUUGGGACAAUUUUUUGGAAUCUUGGAACUCAAACGGAGAGGAAGCAGGAUUUCUUUAAUGCAAUGGGUGCUAUGUUUGGUGCUGUUACUUUCCUUGGAAUACAAAAUGCUUGCUCAGUGCAGCCAGUUGUAUUUGUUGAGCGAACUGUAUUUUAUAGAGAGAGGGCUUCUGGGAUGUAUUCAGCUAUGGCAUAUGCCUUUGCCCAAGUUUUGAUUGAGGUUCCACAUAUCUUCUUACAGACUGUUAUAUAUGGGAUUAUGGUGUAUUCAAUGAUUGCAUUUCAAUGGACAACUGUGAAAUUCUUUUGGUAUCUAUUCUUCAUGUAUUUCACAUUGUUAUACUAUACCUAUUACGGUAUGAUGGCAGUGGCUAUGACACCCAACCCACACAUCUCCGCUAUAGUUUCCUCAGCAUUUUAUUCAUUAUGGUGCCUUUUCUCAGGAAUGAUAAUUCCAAGACCUAGCAUUCCUAUCUGGUGGAGGUGGUAUUACUGGACUUGCCCUGUUUCGUGGACGUUGUAUGGCAUUGUUGUGUCACAGUUUGGAGAUAUACAGAAUAAGCUUGAAUCAGGCGAAACAGUUGUAGAAUUUUUGAGGGAUUAUUUUGGCUUCAGACAUGAUUUCUUAGGAGUGAUUGCUGUCGUCAUUGUUGGAUACAGUGUGCUUUUUGCAGUCAUCUUUGCUUUUUCAAUAAGGGCAUUUAAUUACCAUAAAAGAUAAGAU